AUGCGUUUGGACGUCAAGGUUAGUCAGGUUAUUGCAUUGUCUCGGUUGCACCAAGUUACACGAGGAGCUAUCUGUCCUCAGCUACCUCAGCUGGGGACGAUGGCGCAUUCGAGCGAGCCCACCACCCCUUGGCCUUCACGAAAGGCACCAACCCUCGGUAUAGCUCUGCUCGAGGUUCUCCCGCACGCGCUUCCGACUCAGGAUCCCCUACCCCUAGCCUUGUUCAGACAUGCUAACAUGGCUACCGAAUCACAGCGUCAGUUGUUCGCGCGGAGUGAGCGUGUCAAGGGCAUAGACUUCCACCCUCAGGAGCCAUGGAUCCUCACUACCCUCUACAGCGGCCAUGUCUACAUCUGGUCAUAUGAGACGCAACAGAUCGUCAAGACCUUCGAGCUCACCGAUGUCCCCGUCCGAGCCGGUCGCUUCGUCGCGCGCAAGAACUGGAUCGUCUGCGGAUCCGAUGACUUCCAACUACGUGUCUACAACUACAACACCUCCGAGAAGAUCACCUCCUUCGAGGCGCACCCCGACUACAUCCGUGCCAUUGCCGUCCACCCGACGCAACCCUUCGUCCUCACCGCCUCCGAUGACAUGACGAUCAAGCUGUGGGACUGGGAGAAGGGAUGGAAGUGCGUGCAGGUCUUUGAGGGACAUAGCCACUACGUGAUGGGCCUGGCCAUCAACCCCAAGGACACCAACACCUUUGCAUCGGCGUGUCUCGACAGGACCGUCAAGAUCUGGAGCCUGGGCUCGUCGACUCCCAACUUCACCCUCGAGGCCCACGAGACCAAGGGCGUCAACCACGUCGACUACUACCCCCACUCCGACAAGCCCUACCUCCUGACCACCUCGGACGACCGAACCGUCAAGAUCUGGGACUACACCACCAAGUCCCUCAUCGCCACCCUCGAGGGCCACACCAACAACGUCUCCUUUGCGUGCUACCAUCCCGAGCUGCCUAUUAUCAUCUCUGGUUCCGAGGACGGUACCGUCAGGAUAUGGCACGCCAACACCUACCGCUUCGAGCAGUCGCUUAACUACGGCCUGGAACGAGCCUGGUGUGUGUCAUACCAGAAGGGCAAGCAGGGCGUCGCUGUCGGUUUCGAUGAUGGUGCUGUGGUCGUCAAGCUGGGUCGCGAGGAGCCGGCUGUGUCCAUGGAUGGCUCCGGCAAGCUCAUCUGGGCCAGGCAUAACGAGGUCAUCUCCUCGAUCAUCAAGGGCGGCGAUGCAUCCCUGAAGGAUAAUGACCCUAUUCACCUUCCUACCAAGGAUCUCGGCACCUGCGAAGUCUACCCCCAGACCCUCAUCCACUCGCCCAACGGCCGUUUCGUCGCUGUCUGCGGUGACGGCGAGUACAUCAUCUACACAGCCCUGGCGUGGAGGAACAAGGCCUUCGGCUCCGCUCUGGAUUUUGUGUGGGCGUCCAAGGAGAACAGCAACGACUUUGCCAUCCGGGAGUCGGCGACGAGCGUCAAGGUCUACAAGAACUUUGUCGAGAAGACUGGUGGCCUCGAUGUCGGUUUCCAGGCCGAGGGUCUGGCCGGCGGUGUCCUCCUGGGAGUGAAGGGUCAGGGCGGUGUUUCGUUCUUCGACUGGACUUCGGGCGGCCUGGUCCGCAGGAUCGAGGUCGAGCCCAGGCAAGUGUACUGGUCCGAGAGCGGCGAGCUCGUCACGCUUGCUUGCGAGGAUACCUUUUACGUCCUGAGAUACUCCCGGGAGAACUACGUCGCUGCUGUCAACGCUGGCCAGGUCGACGAUGAUGGUGUUGAGGCUGCUUUCGAGGUUAUUACUGACAUCAACGAGACCGUCCGGACGGGUGAAUGGGUUGGCGACUGCUUCAUCUACACCAACAGCACCAACCGACUGAACUACCUGGUCGGUGACCAGACCUACACCGUCUCGCACUUCGACCAGCCCAUGUACGUUCUCGGGUACAUCCAGCGCGACAGCCGCAUCUACCUCGCCGACAAGGACGUCAACGUCACGUCUUUUGCUCUCUCCCUUCCUGUCCUCGAGUACCAGACCCUGGUGCUCCGCGGCGAUAUGGAGACCGCUGCCGAGCUGCUGUCGAGCAUCCCCGAAGACCAGCUCAACAAGAUCGCCCGGUUCUUGGAGGGCCAGGGCCAUAAGGACCUCGCCCUGGAGGUCGCGACGGACCCGGAGCACAAGUUCGACCUGGCGCUGUCGCUGAACCACCUCGACAUCGCCCUCGAGCUCGCCAAGGCCGCCGACGUCGAGCACAAGUGGAAGACGGUCGGCGACGCGGCCAUGUCGGCCUGGGACGUGGCCCUGGCCGCCGAGUGCUUCGUCAACGCCAAGGACCUUGGCUCCCUACUGCUGCUGUACUCGUCGACCUCGGACCGCGAGGGGCUGGCCAAGCUGGCGGCGCAGGCGUCGGAGGCGGGCGCGCACAACGUCGGCUUCACGUGCAAGUGGCUGCUCGGCGACGUCGAGGGGUGCAUCGAGGUCCUUACGGCCACGGGCCGGCUGGCCGAGGCGGUGCUCUUUGCGCAGACGUACAAGCCGAGCCUGGCCCCCGCCGUGGUGGCGCAGUGGAAGGAGUCGCUCGAGAAGGGCAAGAAGGGCCGCGUGGCGAAGAUGCUCGGCACGCCUGGCGAGGACGAGGACUUGUUCCCUGAGUGGGAGGAGUAUCUGCGGCUGGAGAGGGAGGGGGUCACGAUUGACAGUGGUGAUGCGGUGGCUGCUGCUACGAAUGGUGGGGAGGGUGGUGAGGCGAUGGAGGUUGAGGAGGGUGGGGAGGCUGAGGAGGAUGCCGAUGAGGAGGAGUAA